AUGCUAUCCGUAGUACUCUGCGAACCUGGCCAUUAUCACAGCCUCUUAUCAAAGAAGUGCGAACUUUGUCCUCGGGGUUAUUAUCAACAUCGAUCCGGUAGACCAAGAUGCCAUAAAUGUCCUCAAGGAUAUGCGACAUUAACCACCGGAUCUAUUCAUGCUACUUCAUGUGUUGUAGAAUGCUUUGCCGGCUAUUUUUGGAAUGAAAUAACCGGUAAAUGUGAACCAUGCGGCUAUUUGGCUUAUCAACCAAAUUUAGGCUCAACAAGCUGUUUACCAUGCCCACAAAAUACUGUCACUCUUAGCCUCAAUUCAACAUCAAUUGAUCAAUGUAUUGGAAAUUGUCCACCAGGAGAGGAACAUUCAUCUGAUGGUAGUUGUGUACCGUGUAAGCGUGGAUUUUUCAAGGAACCAAAUGAUGUAUUAUGCCGACCCUGUGAUCCGGCAUACAUAACGGAAUCAGUUGGUUCAACUAGCGAAAUGCAUUGCAUACUACCAACCUGUAAACAAGGAAAUUACUUAAAUUGGCAUCUUAAACAAUGCCUGAAUUGUAACUAUGGUUAUUAUCAGGAUGAAAUUGGUUCCAAUUCUUGUAAACGUUGCCCAUCCGGUACCACAACAAGGAUUCUUGGUGCUACAUCAAUUGAAACUUGUGUUUCAACGAAUCAAUGUGCAAGCGGUGAACAUGGAUGUCACUGGUUAGCGGCAUGUAUCGAUUUACCUGAUAAGGAAAAUAAACCAACAUAUAGCUGCCGAUGCCAACCAGGCUUUGUCGGAAACGGAUUUAACUGUACCGAUAUUUGUUUAAAUUUAUGCUAUAAUAACGCAGAAUGCAUAAAGACAUCACGUGGUGAACCACGAUGUAUCUGUAAGCCUGAAUAUCGUGGAUUACGUUGUGAAAUUAAGAAAUGA